GAACCUAGUUUUGAUACAAAUUAUUCAUGUCGCGACGUUUUAGAUAAUAUUUUGAAUAUAAUGGAUAAGAAUACAGUGUUUAAGCGCAGUUUCAACAACCUGGAUCUGGAAGAUUCCGAUGUAGAGAAUGCAAGUGCCGUUUCCAACUCUCAACCGUUGGCCAAAAAGCUGUGUUUGAAGGAGCAAAUUUCAGGUGCACCCAACGACAAAAACGAAAUGGAUGAGUUUGGAGACGAUUUGGACUGUUUCUUCGGGGACGAUGAUAAUUUCGAUCUGGAUCUGAUGGAACUAAAUGAAGCAGAGAAAUUCGUCCUUGAUCUGACAACCUGGAAGAGAUGCAAAAUUGUGUCUUUAUGCACAGAUGUUGGUACUGUGACAUUGGUUGUUGAAGACAAGAUAGCCAAAACGAAGGCCAAAUGUAUUCUGGAGCCGCCCUGGAUAUCGGUGCAACUGUCCGAAGGCAGUACCGUUUCGUUGAAAGCGACUUUCGAUAGAACCAAUAAUGUCUACCGCAUCAAUGCUCAGGAUGGCAUGAUUGUUACGAAUCCUGACCAUCUGGUGUCGGGGACAACCGUGGUUGGGGCCCUCUAUUGCCAUCGCCGUGGCGUUUUGCAGGAACGAUUCAGAGGCGUGGACACGGACAGUCAGAUUAUGACUGUUGGAACCAUCGUGCAUGAAGUGCUGCAGAAAACUCUGAGAAAUAAGUUAACAGACCUGUCGGAUAUUGUAGCUGCUGGACAGGAAUUGCUCAACUCGGAAGGUAUGGCUCAUGUGCUGUAUGCGUGUAAAAUGAGUCGACAAGAGGCAAUGAAAGAGAUAGAAUCGUUUUAUCCAAAAAUUCACGAUUUCAUCAAAAACCAUGUUCAUCUGGCUGUUGAGCGAACUGUAUCUAGGAAGCCAAAGUCCGAUAUCGAAAUUUUCGCCAUCAAAGAUAUUGAAGAAAACAUCUGGUGCCACCAACUUGGAUUGAAGGGAAAAAUCGACGUAACGGUUGAAGCAAAGUGCAGCGGUGAUAAACAAGUGCAGCUGAUGCCCUUGGAGUUGAAAACUGGUCGAGCCAGUUUUUCUGCCGAGCACAAAGGACAAGUCGUUCUAUAUGAGAUGAUGAUGAACAUCGUUGGUCAUCACGUAGACAAGGGCAUCUUGUUAUACUUACGAGAAGGGAAAUGUGCAUCGGUUGUAGGAAAUAGAAACAUGAAACGUGACCUGAUCAUGCUGCGAAACGAGGUUGCGCACUUCUUGUCACGUGGUAUACCCAAUACCGAUAGCGCUCAGUUUGAUCUGACCAAAGAUAUUCUUCCGCUUCCGGAACCGUUAAAUAAUCAACACGUCUGCUCUCGGUGUCCAUACAGCGUAAUAUGCACAACCUAUUUAAGACACGAAAAACGAGAAUUUCCCGAUGGUCAUGCAAUCAAACUAAUUUCCGAGGAAUCUUUGAGCCACCUAAGUGAUCAACACAUAGAUUACUUUAUUCGAUGGGCUGGCUUGAUAUUCCUGGAGGACGAAGAAGCUAGGAAAGGGUUCCAUAUCAAGCAUCUAUGGACGAAAACUCCGGAAGUGAGACACGCAAUGGGUCGUGCGGCUAUCAACUUGCGAUUGACGGAAUGGGGCUUCAAGUCGAAUGAUACGUAUUUCCAUACAUUCUCGUUGGACGCAGAUAAGAAUGAUUCUUUGAAUGUGUCUCACUCGUUGAGCACGUCCCAACUGCCUGCAACCGAAAACCUUUCUAUGCUGUUCGAAGUGAAUGAGUAUUUGAUAUGUAGCACCAGUAAUCGAAUAGCAGUUGCCUCAGGUCGUGUGGUAAGCGUCGGAAAGCGCCAAGUUACUAUAAACCUGGAGCGCGAUUUGAGCAAAUACUACGCGAAAGAGAUGUUCCAUUUGGAUAAAUACACAUCAAGGACACAGAUGACGUUCAACCUAACGAACAUUGGCGUAUUGCUGGACAAUAGUGAACGGUCCGACAAGCUAAGACGAAUCAUCAUUGACCGUGAAAGGCCAACAUUUACACGUACUGUACCCGCAGCGGUUAGUGCUGAAGCGAAACAAAUUUUACAGAACCUCAACAAACAUCAGAAAAUAGCGGUUCUGACUGCGGUAGGGACCAAAACGUACUGCCUCUUCAAAGGAUUGCCUGGAACAGGAAAAACUCAAACUGUGAUCGCACUGAUUCGACUGCUGGUGGCAAUGAACAAAUCUAUUCUAAUUACGAGUAAUACACAUUCCGCCGUGGAUAAUGUGCUGUUAAGAUUGCUUACGUACAACAUCAAGUUUAUGCGUUUGGGUUCGGUAUCCCGUAUCAAUCCAGCGUUAACAGAAUUCAGCGAAAACCGUCUAACAGAGAACUGUUCGACUCCAGAGGAACUUGCAGCCGUGUACAAUUCACACCAAAUUGUCGGCGUGACAUGUCUCGGGGCCGACCAUCCGAUGCUUGUUCAAAGGACCUUCGAUUUCUGCAUCGUUGACGAAGCAACACAGGUCUUUCAAAGUGCUGUUAUUCGACCGCUACUUUCGUCGGACAAAUUCGUAUUAAUUGGCGACCCAGACCAACUACCACCAGUGAUCAAAUCACGGAAAGCCAAGGACCUAGGUGCCGAUGAGAGCCUGUUCUUCCGAUUGGACGCCGAACAGUCAUGCUGUGUUUUACCCACACAGUAUCGUAUGAACAAGAUAAUUACCAAACUUGCCAACGAUUUCUCGUAUAAGGGAAAAUUGUUAUGCGCGACCGAAGAAGUUGCCAAUUCCUCAGUGAAGCUACCCAUGGCACAACUCAUGCAACAGAAGCAUAAGUCAGAGAAGUGGCUACUCAGGACAAUAGCCUCUCAUCUUGAGCUAUCAGUUGUUCUUAUUAACACGCUUAACACAUUCAAAAGUAGCCAGACUUACAACGCCAGCCGAAAGCGAGAGAGUGGCGAACAAGGGGAGCAACCGAAAGCAAUCUACGAGAACUAUUGCGAAGCAGCGAUUGUUAUCUAUGUUAUCAUGGCGCUUGUUGACUGUGGUAUCGAUGGAAGUUCCAUUGGAGUGAUUGCACCAUUCAGAGCACAAGUAGACCUUCUACGGUACUAUUUAACCCUGUUCAAACAGUUUUGUAACGUUCAAGGUGGAGCAAGUAUUGAAAAGGAUUUGGACAUCGAAAUCAACACCGUAGAUCAGUACCAAGGCAAAGAUAAAGACAUUAUAUUGUAUUCCUGUACCAAAUCAAACAAUCCAGACAACGCAGAUGCCCAAACCAGCACCCCAAGUGAAUACGAAAUUCUCGAGGACCAAAGAAGACUGACAGUGGCGAUAACACGGGCCAAAAAGAAGUUGAUCAUCGUCGGUGAUACGCAGUGUCUCGAAAAAUACACUCCGUUCAGAAGUUUGUUCAAAUGUAUCCCUUCGGCGGGAAAAAUUACUCUUCGAGAUAAGUGCUUCGGCUUCGAUUGGGACGGAGUCUUCAACACGCUGGAUUCGUUGCAUGAUUGCGAAUAAGGAAUGCGAAGGAGACACAAAAUAAAGUUCAUGAAUCACUGCCAUUAACAA